ACCCUGAAGGAGCAUCUGGACGAGAGCAGACGCAUCUGAAGGGAUGAGCUCCGGCAUGGCUGGCGCCAACACGGAGCAACCCGCUGGCACAAGGCGGAACAGCACGAGCGAGGCCGGCCCCGCAGCGAGGCGUGCCUCCAGAGCGACAGACACCAACACCGAAGGUACACGGGUCCACAGCCACCACAGGAGCGCUGCUGCAGCCCAUCUUGGCGCUGAGCGGGAGAGACCCAGCACGGGGACCAGCUCGGGGCUGUCUCCGUGUGGGGCUGGGGACUGCAACGACACUUUCCGUCUGCCACCUCCCUCCCGGCCCGAGGCAGUAGGAGCGCCGGGAAGCGGCAGAUGCAGAGUGUGACCCGCUUUUCCUCUGCCCUCCAGAGCGAGUUGCCGUCUGGGAUGCGGUGGCCGCCUACGUACAGGAGCACCUCCUGGUGCAGAAGGUGUGUUGGCUGUCGUCUUCCUCCUCUCCCUGUCCAGCUCAGCCUGCAGUUCCUCUGACUCUUCCCCUCCACACAAAGCAGGAAGCUCAGCCCAAAUUGCUCUGCUGUGCAUAGCGUGGGCUUCCUGCAAAGGCAGCAUCGCUUGUGCUAGGCGGGCUCCGAGCUCAGGGCCGAGCCCAGCCUCGGGAAGCCUCUGGAUUCCACCAGGCUGCUUCCGCCCUGACUGCUGUGCUGCAUUUGGGAGGGCAAGGGGAGGGAGAGGACUGUGCAGCUCCUUCCCAAAGCCUCUCCCGCUGCCCUGCCCGCUGGUGCCUCUGAGCAGCGGGAGAGGGCUUCUGAGCUCUGUCCCUACGUGGGACCCCCUCCAGCUCUUCCUCCAGCCGGCCCAUAACCCUGCAGCCCGUGCUUUCUCUUCCACUCGCAGGGGGUCUGGAUUCCCACCUUCGGCUCAUUCGACACCAUCUCUAAAGACAUCAGGACUGCGGACGGGACCGUGACUCUGCGGUGGCCCGUGUUUCAGCUGGCCAGGAACCUCAGAGCCAUGCACCACCUCGGGUCCGACAAGGACUCCCUGCCAGCCCAUAGGGAGGUGGAGACCCUGAAAUACAGCGAGGUGGCUGCCGCUGCCAAUGUGACCUGGCAGAGAGGGAAGACCUGCAUCCAAAGCACCGUGUCCCUCCUCUCCAACUGCCUCAAGAAUGGGGAGAACGUUGCCUUUGUCCUGAAAGACAUAGGAGUGCUCCUCUUUGAAGGCAUGAGCUUUGGAAUUAAAUACUAUUAUGACUUCCUUGAGAAGCUCUCCGGGAAGGAGAAAUUCAGAAAAGUUGUUUUCAAGGUGAGCUGGAGGUUUCUCCAUGGCCCGGGCAGUCCCGUGACCCUUGCUCUGACUGCACAUGGCCCACCAGGACCUGGCCAGCUGCUUGGGCUGUGCAGGUGCUGCGGUGGUGUCAGCUCUCCCUGCCUUGGGCUCCUCCAGUCCUGAGGGCCUCAGCCAUCAGAAGGAUGUCCCACAACCUCCCUGUUCCUCCCCUGCAGGCCCCCUGGCUGCUGGACACGCUGGUGUCCCGGGUGGCACCGGUGGCCUCCCUGACGCACUCUGGCCACCUCGUCGUCUUCCCCAUGUUUCAGAAGCAGGUUGCACCCAAACCACCGCCCAGGAUAUUCCGCAAGGCCUCCGGAGAUCUCCAUGGUGAGGGGAAGCAAAAGAAAGAAGGGGCUUUGCCACCUCUUGUCCAGGGCAAGAAAGUGAGGUUUGCUGAAGUGCCAACGUACAUCAGACGCUUCAGCGUUGCAAGUACUGCUGGACAAAGCUCAAGAAGCAGAAGAAGCUUACAGCAGGAGAGCUUUUCGUCCAGUCCGCUGCCAGCGAUCCUGAGAACGUCUGAAGCCCGCGAGCAGCCGGUGACCUGGCAGCCGCAGGGCCAGGCAGGAAACGAAGGCCAAGAACACCUGGGCCAAACAACAGGAAAAAAACAUGUCCGGUUCCGCGGAGAUGAACAAGGAGCGGGAGAGGACCGUGAGGCUGGAGCGGCGGCCAUGUGGAAAGCAAAGGCCUCGCACCCUCAGGUUGCCGGGAGGCAGGUGGCAUCUCGCAUCAAAGACAGGAGAUGUUCAUUAAGAGCUGAGUCCAGCCUGUCCAGGGAUACCAAAGGCCAUGCAUUCCGGCCGCCGUUACUGCAUCGUGACUCUGUGAAACUACUCAGGCAGAGGCAGAUGGCCAAGAAGGACAGGCCGGCGCAGGCAGAACCUCAGGAGACGGCGGCAUCACCGUCUCACCAUGAGUGCAGCCUGCCUGAGGAGCCCUCCACCUGCAGAUCUGGUUUGCUGCCACCCACACGCAACAGACCAGAGUCUCCCAGGAGUCCGCCUCCAAGGACCACAGCCCCGCGCCGCAGGCCGCCAACACCCUACCCGUUUCUGCCACGUGACUCUGUCAAACUACUCAGGCAGAGGCAGAUGGCCACGAAGGACAGGCCGGCACAGGCAGAACCUCAGGAGACGGCGGCAUCACCGUCUCACCGUGAGUGCAGCCUGCCUGAGGAGCCCUCCACCAGCCGAUCUGGUUUGCUGCCACCCAUACGCAACAGACCAGAGUCUCCCAGGAGUCCGCCUCCAAGGACCAAAGCCGCGCGCCGCAGGCCGCCAACACCCUACCCACGCUGAGCAGGGCAUGGGGUGCCCGGGACAGACAGAGCUGCCCCUGAGCCUGCAAAACUCCAUCUGCACCAUUCCUGGGUGCCAGCUCCCUGUAGAAAAGCAGAGGUAGAGGGACAGUGGGGACUGGGCUGGAUUCAAGAAAGAACAUUCACGCUAGAAGCUGCGGAACAAGAUAGAUAAACGGCAUGAGAAAGGAAUGCUGAGAACAAAGGACGCCUCCAGGAGACAAAAACAAGAGUCAUGCGAGAAGCACGAUCACCGCAUGAUAACGACCCCGGGUGGAGGAAGAGCACGUGGCUACGAACAACUCGUGACACCGAUGGAUAAGCUCCUGCAUGCACGCUUAAGGAGUCGACCAGGGGUGACUGUGUCAAAUGAUUUUUUGACAUGGAAAGGGGGGUGGGAAAAUGGGAAAGAGAGAACUUGGGGAUGUUUGAACCUGCAAUAAACAAUUUGGAUCAUUCA